AUGGCUUCAUUGUUAUAUCUCGCCGGAGGCCUCCUCAGCCUUGCAACUCUUGGCGUCGCCAAGAAAUGCACCUGCGGUGACUUCUCUGGACUGACCUUGCCGAACAUCGAGGUUUUGUCAUUGGACGUCGCUGUUAACCGUACCACCGUCGCCGAGUCUCCCGGAGGCCAUUCGACCUCUGUACGUUUCUGUCAGGUCUCCAUUCAGUACACCCAUCCCGGCCAAAAUGAUGCGAUAACAACCUGGAUUGGUCUGCCCCUUCGUGAAGCUGAAUGGAACGGCCGCUUCUUGAUGGAGGGCGGCGGCGGAUGGCAAGCCGGUUCCCCCCGAAACGUUCUUGGGCCAGUCUCAAACGGCUACACCUCGUCUUCUACGGACGGUGGCCUCAAUACGACUGCCACGGCUGCCGAGUGGGGAAUGGUUAGCGAAGGGAACGUGAACUGGCCAGCCAUCAUUGACUUCAGUAGCGUCGCAUUGGACGAGGCCGCGAGACUGGGCAAGCUUGCCACCGAACUAUACUUUGGGAAGGGGCUCGAGUAUUCGUACUGGAGUGGGUGCUCAACGGGUGGACGUCGAGGACACAUGAUGGCCCAGAGAUAUCCGGAGAACUUCGACGGCAUUGUGGCCGGAUGUCCUGCGUUCAACUGGCAUCGUUUUGUGAUGGCAGAGGUCUGGCCCCCUCUUCUGGCACAAUUCCUUGAUACACGGCCACCUUCAUGUGUGCUUGAUGCUUUCACCGCCGCGGCAAUUGAAGCAUGCGAUGAGCUUGACGGUGUUGGCAAUGUUGAUCGGUUCUUCCUCCAAGGGGUGGACGAAUAUACAUCCGUCAUCGGAACCGACAACCCCGACCUAACUGGCCUCCGCAAAGCCGGCGGCAAGGUCCUCGCCUGGCACGGUUUGGCGGAUACACUCAUCUUCCCCAACGGCACGAUCGACUACUACGAGCGAGUCGUGGAAGCCAAUAAGAACGUAAGCGACUACUACCGCUUCUUCCUCGCGCCGGGAGUAGGGCAUUGCAGUGGUGGUAGCGGGCCCAAUCCCUCUGCUUAUCUUCUCGACACCGUGAGGGCUUGGGUUGAGAAUGGAAUUGCCCCGGAGACACUUCCUGGUACUGGUGCCGCCGUCGCGGGGACGAAUAAAACCGCAACUCGAACUCUGCAGUUGUGCCGGUACCCUAGUGUGUUGACAUAUGUCGGCGCGGAUCCGAACGACAGUGCCUCUUUCACAUGUGUGUAA